CAAUAAGUAAUCAAAUGUAAAAGCAUAAUGAAUGUUUGUACAGGAUUAUAAUUUGAUCUUGCUGUUCCCCAAGCUCGAAUUCCGGUUGGUUUUGGGAGCUCUGUGGCUUUGUCCCUUGCUUGGUGCCCGUUUGUAACUGGCGGCGCCUCUUGCCCUACUCGGCACACUCGUUAGUGCUGGAGGAGUGACAGGAGGUGGGGCUCGGGCGCCGCUUCGGGCGUAGGGUCUGGCGGUAGUUUCGUGGCCGCCGGCCGGGAAGAAGGUCUCGGGCUCUUGCGUUGCUGCUUUCCGCCUCCACCUCAGUUGCCCUCGUCGCCUCCGCUGUUGUGCGGCCGCGGGGGCUUGGUGAAGGCUCGGCCCGAGAUGAUGCUCUUCACUCGGAGGAAGAAGCAGAGCGAAGAGGCGCGGAAACGACUGGAGUAUCAGAUGUGCCUGGCCCGAGAGGCAGGUGCAGAUGACAUCCUGGACAUCUCAAAGUGCGAGCUGUUUGAGAUUCCAGUCAGUGUGUUCUCCAUGUGCAGAGUCCUACAGAAAAAGGUUUUAAUUGUUCACACCAAUCACUUGUCAACACUGCUGCCAAAGUCAUGUAACAUUCAGGAUCUGUCGAUGCUGAAGAUUCUGGAUCUCCAUGACAACCACCUCAGCUCACUCCCGGAGGAUAUGGGUCAGCUGUUAUCCCUUCAGGUGCUCAACGUGGAACAAAAUCUUUUGAAAUCUGUCCCGAACUCUCUUGCAACCUUGGCGCAACUUCAAACAUUAAAUCUAAAAGGGAACCGGAUUCGGAAAAUGCCAGAGUCCCUGAGUGGACUGAGGAGCCUACGGACAUUGGACAUCAGUCAAAAUCGGAUUCAGAUUCUCCCACAAGACCUGGCUCAUAUCAGGACACUCGAGUCGCUCAGCCUGGAUGCAGGAGCUAUGACCUAUCCUCCAGCCAGUGUGUGCAGCAAUGGGACGGAAGCCAUCAAACAAUUUCUGUGCAAAGAGCUUGGAAUCAAGUAUAUGCCUCCCUCUGAGUACCUGCUCCCGGUGCUGGAGAGUGAUGGGAAUAUAACCGAGAGCAAUGGAGUCGAUGGCAUGUUCCAGCAACAGGUGCAGGAGGCUGAGCAGUGGCAGAGCAAAUUCAUGGAUUACGAAAAGAGGAAGGAACAGAAGCAGCAGGAAAAGCUAGAUUUUGAGCGGCGGCUGAAUGAGGAACAGCGGGAACGGACGCAGCUCAUCCUGAGGAACAACAGUCACAAGGAGCAAGUCCUGAUGUCGGUGAAGCAGGAGCAGGGAAGGCUGGACCAGGGUCUCCGAGACCAGCAGCGCCAUCUGGAGGUGGAGCGUCAGAGACUGCAGGAGGAGUUAAAACGGGGAGAACAUGGAGCGACGAACCUCAUCCGCAGUUUGCUGGAGGACAGCGAGAGGAAGCAAAACUCAAUGUUGCUGGAAUCACUGGAAAAAGAGAGGCUGAGGAUGGACCAGCUGAUGGCCAUUUCACAGGAGGAGAAGGAGAAGCUGCGAAAAAGGGAAGUGGCAGCUGCGAUGCAGGAAAUGCUGUCUGAGAGCUCAAUGAACAAGAUCCUGCAGAUGGUUUAUGAGACAAGGCGGCGUCAGCUGGUGGACGAGGCCAGUUCGAGCAUGGCUGAAAUGGAUGGUAAGCUCCAGCAGAUUCAUGCCUGGCAGCAGCUGGACCAAAACAAGACCAUUUCACAGAUCCUCUCGGAGGCGGAGAUGCAGAAGGUGGCAUUUGAGGCACUUCAGAUGAAGAAGGACAGCAAGCACAGCCGCAUCAGAGACCAGAUCAAAUUGAUUGAGAAUCAGUUAAUGCAGCUGACACAGAUCGAGUUAGACAGAAGAGAGAAUGACACGGAGAAUCUACAGGAAACUCUGAUGGAAGAGCGGCAGGCCCUGAGUGACCUCCUCCAGCAGCUACUGAAGGAGAAGAAACAACGGGAGACAGAGCUUCGGGACCUGCUGGCAGAAAUGGAGACCAAACAUGAGACCAGCCAGGAGAACUACUGGUUGAUUCAGUACCAGCGUCUGAUGGACCAGAAACCCCUGUCUCUCCGAGCGCGGGAGGAGGGUGUGGAGAAGGUGCUGGUGGAGAUAUUGGCUGAACUUUCUGCAGAUCAGUACCUGCCCCUCUUCGCCCACCAUCGGGUCACCCUGAAGAUGCUACGUUACAUGACUGCAGAGGAUCUCCAACAGAUUGGAGUCCGAGAGAGCAGACUGCAACGUGCCAUCCUGCGACGAGUCCAGGAGAUGUGGUCUGGGGAAGAGCAGAGACCCAUCCCGACAAAGGAAGCUGCUGCAGAUCUGGGUGAGACCCAGCCCAGUGCUCCCCUGGAGGAUGAAGCAGCACCGUCCAGUCCAUCUGCAGUCUCUGAGGAGGUCCUGGCUCAGUCGGAGUGUGUUGUCUGCCUGGACUGUGAGAGUCAGAUGAUCUUCCUGCCGUGUGGUCACGUCUGCUGCUGUCAGACAUGUGCAGCAGGUCUGUAUGCCUGCCCCCUCUGCCGGAAGGACAUCGAGCAGAAGGUUCGCAUGUAUCGUACCUCCUGAGCUGCAGCCUGUCCCCCUCCAACAUCUGCCUGCAUCCUUGUCUGUUUCAUCUCACAGCCUGCUGGUGCCUUAUGUGUCCUCUUUCUCCAGCUGUGCUGCCCUACACAAAUAAACAAGGCUAUGUUUACUCCUGGUAAGACCAUGUGGAGCAGUUUGAAGUGGUCUUCAUGGACAAUUCCUUUUCUCCUGGUUGAGCCUGGAUGCUGUUAGCAGUGAUGUUAGUUGGUGUCUGUUAUCCUGCUGAGAUGUAGCAUGAUGUAUUAACUGGAUUCAUCCCAACUCCUUGAGGAGGUAACAAGCAGAAAACUGGGACAGAACAAUUAAGACUUUUGUUUUCUUGCUGCUGUAUGGUUGUGUCCUUUGUUCUUGGAAAUGUAUUGGAAUCCCACUGAGAACUGGUGCAAUGAACUGCAGAGAACCCAUGUUAGUGUGCAGUCAGCUCAAGCUGUGUCCUUUGUGCCCAUCGUGUCACCCACCCACCCUCUGAGGCACCCUCUCCAAAUGACUCACUUGCUCAGUGAUCUGCUGAUCAGACAUGAAAGCAGGAUCUUUUGAAUCAUAGAAUGGUUACAAGAUUGAAAGAAGUCGUUCAGCCCAUUGGUGUCCAUGCUAGUCCAGCAAGACCAAUUUGCCAGGCUCCAACCUUCUAUCUUGCCGUAUUCUCAUAGUCCUGCCAAUUUUUUCUCCACUGAUCACUGUGCAGUUUUCUUCUGAAUGCAACAACUCAAUCUGCCUCCACCACACAUUUUAGGCAGUGCACUCCCAAUCCUAACCACUCACUGCAAUCUAAAUUUCUUCCGUGUGUUGCUUUUGGUUCUUUUGCCAAUCGCCUGAAAUCUGUCUCCUCUGGUUUUCAGAUGUCCCACAAAUGAGGACAGUUUCUCUCUAUCGACCCUGUCCAGGCCCCUCGUAAUUUUGAACACCGUAGUCGAAACUUCUCUCAACGUUCUCUCAGAACGCCAUCUAGAUUCACCAAUUUAUCCACAUCACUGACAUCGCUUGUCUUUUGAACCGUUACAGUGUCUUAUAAAGGCCCACCGUAACUUUUUACUGUUGUACUGUUUACUUCAAUUUUUACAGCCCGAGUUCUAUAUGUCUUAUUAAUGGGUUUCUCAAUUUGCUGUACCAUCUUCAACUAUUUGUACACUUCCAUCCCUCUGCUCCUGCAGCUCUUUCCUAUCAGAUCCUUUUUUUUUAAAUGGUGCCUAUCCUCAUUUUUCCUUCCAAAUGUAUCACUUUAUCUAUGUUCUAUGUUCUAUAUUUCUCUGCGUUAAAUUUGAUCUGCAUCAUGUCCAGCCAUUCAACAGCCUGUGGAUUUGAAGUCUAUCAUUACCACCUUACAAUUCACAAUAUUUCCAAGUUUUGUGUUGUCUGCAAGCUUUGAAAUGUGCCUUAUAUGAUCAAGCCCCAAUCAUUAAUAGACCUCAAAAAUGGUCCCGAUCGUUCCUCUGAGAUACCCCACUCUAUACUUUCCUCUAGCCCAGAAAAACAACCAUUCACCGUUAAUGUUUGCUAGCUCUUAGCUAAUUCUGUAUCCAUGUCACCACUGUUUAUUUUAUUCCAUGGACUUAUUUUUCUGAUGAGUACUUUAUCAAAUAGUCCAUUUACACCAUAUAUAUUACCCUCUGUGUUACCACAACAAAACCUAGAUUAGUCAAACACUAUUUAGCCCUUCAGACAUCUGUGUUAGCAUUUCUUAACUAGUCAACAUUUGUGCACAUGGCUGCUAAUUUUGUCCCAAAUUAUCAUUGCUAAAAACCUUCCCGUCACCAACGACUGGUUAGUUGUUGAUGUACUUAUUCUUGGAUUUUUGUCUUUGUGUGAUAUUAGGAAGCUGCAGUGAGAUUUGUGUUAAAUGGUUUAACGUGUUGCAAAUCUAUGUGAAAACAGUCAAACAAUUGUUUAUUUUUAUAAAAGAAUAAUUUAACCCAAUUAGAGGUUUUAUUGUGCAAUAUAUUGAAUUGUAGCCUUACUGUUCUGUUCAUAAUGUAAUUACUGCUCUCUUUGUAUUAUAUGUUGUUGUAUUGAUGGCAAAUGUAAACAUGUAUUCUUGUCAAUUGUAACACUUGCUCUGAAAUUUUCUUAAAAUUGAUAUCUUCUUUCUGGUUUUUCUUUCCUGCCCCUUUGUGGCUUUGUAUCAUCCGCUCAGGGAACUUGUCCGUAAGACAGUCUGUUUUUUUCCCCAGACUAACCUACCGAUUAAAUGAUAUUACUGCUACUUCUUCCCGAUGAAAAAUUGCGAGAUCAUGAGCUCCUAAAGGAAGUUAACCCCAUUGAAAGAUUAGUAAGAACUGCCAAUGCUGGAGUCCGAGAUAACACAGUGUGGAGCUGGAGGAACACAGGAGACCAGGCAGCAUCAGAGGAGCAGGAAAGUUGACGUUUUGGGUCGGGGCCCUUCUUCAGAUUUCUGAAGCUGACUUAACCCCGUUGAAAGCUAUUUUUCCCCCCAAACCACAGUUAACUCACUCCAAUGACACACAGUUCUGGUAAUAAUUAUGCUACGUAUCCAGUUUGUAGCAUAGAAUACUGUUGGUCUUAUUAGUCAUGGGUCAUUUGUCUUUCCAUUUCUCCCACUCCAAACCUAAAUUCAGCAGAACUUGAUUUACUUCUGUCAGUAGGGCUUCAACAAAGUUCCUGAGUGGGAGAUGUCUCAAGGAAGUAGUCCCAUUACGAAAGGUCCGUCCUACAAAGACUCAUUCCCUUAGCAUAAUCACCCUUUUCUUACUUCCUUUGAGGUUGCUGGAUUUAAGGGUUUUUAGAACCUGAGGCUGGUAUCACUGAACCACUGCUUAAUUUUCUUUUGCACUAUCAGUGGUAUCCUGCAUUAAAAGUUUUUUUCCCUAUAUUAAUAGUUCUCCCAAGAGAUAGAAGUUGCAUGUUGAACACAAUACUAGAAUGUAAAGCAUGGUUUCAGAUUUUCUUUUUAUUUAUUUAAUUGUCCCUUCAGGACGUGUGCACUGGUUUAGGUGCUGUCAAUAAAGGUCUUGCUGUAAACUAUGAAUUUCAAUACUCAAUUAUAUGCACAUUAAAAAUAAAUGAUUGUUAUGGAAA